AUGUUAAUUAAGAUGUUAGGUAGAACAAUUGGAUUAGGUAUCCUGAGUGGUACAGUAGCAACUGCUUACUCCUUCUAUGACAAUGAUUUUAAUAUUGAUUCAGUUGGCAUCGUUCGAUUUAGUCGAGCCGCCACUACUGGGUUACAUGUGAUGUAUCAUUAUAAGACUACUCUGUAUGCACCGUCAGUUAACAAAUCUUUACCAAAUUAUCAAGAAAUAAGAUCAAAAUCUCAUGAGAAAGCUGCUGAAUUGUUGCUAGAUUUAUGUCGCACGAACAAAGGUGUUUAUAUUAAGAUUGGACAACACAUUGGGGCAUUAGAAAAUCUUUUCCCAAAAGAAUAUACAGAUACAUUGAAGGUUUUGCACAGUCAAGCUCCCAUUACACCUUUAAAAGAAAUUUACAAAGUAAUCAAAGAGGAUCUCAAACAAGAUGUCGAUCAAUUAUUUAGUGAAAUAGAUCCAAAGCCACUGGGUGCAGCAUCAUUGGCUCAAGUACAUAAAGCAAAAUUACGAUCAACAGGAGAAAGUGUUGCUAUUAAAGUGCAGCACUCAUAUGUCCGGGGAGAUGCCAAAAUAGAUAUUGCUAUAAUUGAGACUUUAGUGAACAUUGGUUCAUAUAUGUUUCCGGAUUUUAAAUUUCAAUGGCUUGUGAAACAAACAAAACAGAAUAUACCAAAAGAAUUAGAUUUUACAAUUGAAGCACAAAAUACUGAAACUAUUAGAUCAAUGUUCAAACACUUGAAGUGGUUGAAGGUACCAAAAAUAUACAAUGAGUAUAGUUCGACCAGAAUUUUAACAUUGGAGUUUUUCGAAGGUGGACAAAUUAAUGAUCUUGAUUACAUUAAUCGAAAUAAAUUGAAAGUAGAUGAAAUAUCUGACAAAUUGGGAAGUUUAUAUAGUGAAAUGAUAUUCAAAAAUGGAUUUGUGCAUAGUGAUCCUCAUCCUGGUAAUUUGUUGGUAAACAAAGAUGAAAAUGGUCAAUUGAAUUUAAUACUUUUAGACCAUGGACUUUACGCUACAUUAUCUGAUAGCUUUAGACUUACGUAUGCUAAAUUAUGGAUGAGUAUAUUGGACAAUAAUCAUGAUAAAAUGAAAAAAUACUGUACCAAACUAGGAGUAGCUGAAAUGUAUGGUCUACUCGUAUGUAUGGUAGCUGGACGCACUUGGGAUUCAGUUCAAGAUGGCAUUGUUACUAAGAAAUUAACUGACGCUGAAAAAGAAAAAUUUCAAAGUGGAAUUCCAUUAGUGUUGACUGAAACUUUGUAUAUUCUGGAAACCGUAAAUCCUCAAAUUUUGUUAUUACUUAAAACUAAUGACUUAAUACGGGGUAUUGAUACAACUUUGGGAACACUAUCAAAGUUAACAUCUUUACGUCCAAUGACUGUAACCUGCAUAAAUACUAUAUAUGAUAAACCAUUAUAUAAAAGUUCAUUUUGGACCGGCUUAAGUAUUCAACUCAGAAAACAAUGGUCACUUUUAAGAGCUAAGCUAUUUUUUUUCUGGCUCAGCAUUAUUGAUACAGCGUAG